UUAUUUGCGUUCUAAAGGUUCUGAUUAUUUUCGAAAAUAUUUGAAUUUUAAUUUCAUUCCAUGUUUAUUUGAUUUAAACAUGAAUUUUAUUUGGAAUUAUUUUGAACUUUUGGAUGGUUUACGGCCAUCUUCACCAAAGCCGGGGCAUGUGGAAAGGAUAAAAUCGCCACAAGGAGAUGCUUCAAAUCAGAAUGUAGAUGAUCCUGUUUUAACUCAAAGAUUUUUGAAAAUCAAUGUUAGACAUAUUACUGAUGGGCAGGGCGUAGUAGGAGGUGUGUUAUUAGUUACCCCAAAUGCUGUGAUGUUCGAUCCUAAUGUAUCAGACCCCCUUGUGAUAGAGCAUGGACCAGAAAGUUAUGGUGUCAUAGCUCCUAUGGAUCUCGUAGUCAAUUCUGCAAUUUAUUAUGAUAUAGCCCAUAUGAGAGUUGGUCAUAUAGGAAAUGAAAGUUCAGAGAAACCUGAAAUAUAUCACCCAUCAAAGACUUGUACUCAUUCGCCAGGAAAAGAUUCUUUGCUGGUCAAGGACGAAACUUUCCCAGAACUAGGUGGGGUAGAAACAGAUUUAGAUGGUGAGAGUAUUUGCUCUUAUGCUGAACAAAGAGAAGGAGAUGCAUUUCCUAAGGCUUUCGAAAGGGACCUUGUCACACCUACAAAUUUAUCGCGUUCUCAAGGUGACUCAACAGAAUCAGAAGGUGGUUCUGCUCCACCUAAUGCUACCGCCGCAACAAUGAAUGUCACCAGCACGCUAGAAGAACGAAGACGCUCUUUACUUGAUCAACAUUGGGCAAUUCCCAGUAAAGACCGCUCAUUGGAUGACCAAGACUCAAAUGGAUCUUCACAAGAGACACCUGUUCAAGUACCAGUUCCUAAUAAUAUAAAUGUUACUAUUGCCCAAGUUGCAGAAACUAGUGAAUCUGCACCAGCAGUUGAAAUAAGGCCAGAGGACUCGGAACAGAUGACCAAACAGUCAUGUUACGAUUCUGGUAUUGAUAUGAGAGAACCAGUCCCACCUCCUGUUAUUAUUCCACCAAUGAAUACCAAAAAGAUUUACACAGAUGCUGACAUAGUCCUGUCCUCCGAUUGGGUGCCUCCAGUCACUAUUGCUCCUCCUGCAAAUGCAACAGAAACACUGAAUAAUGGUAGCCCACUUAAUAAAUUAGCCCCACACAUUGAUACGAGUGGGCGAAAGAAAGCCUCUUCAGUAUCUUUCAGUUUAGAAGACGCUACUGGGGCUGAUGGAAAGGACCAAGACAAGCAGGAGACAAAAAAGAAUAAAAUGUUAAAACGAUUGUCAUAUCCAUUAGCUUGGGUUGAAGGACUUACAGGCAGCGAAGAACAAACACCGCCGACAAGUGCAGCAGACCCGCAACAUACAUCAAUGUUUUCAAAAGUAUUCUCAAGGAGGUCGUCAAUUGGAACUUUUAUGCGCGAUUCAUCCAGUUCCAAUAAACCUCAGAGGCCACAAACAGCAGCACCCAAAUUGGACUACAGGAGUAUGGUUUCGAUUGAUGAUAUGCCAGACUUAUUUGUCUCAUUUGAUAUUAAUGCACCGAUGCAUCAGCAACUCGAUUCUUUGGAGCUGAUACCUCGAGCCGCACGAGCUUGCCCUGAUCCGCCACUGUACUUGCGCCUAAGAAUGGGUCGACCAUUGGCCGCAGCCACCCAACCGCCCGCACGCCGACCCUCAGUUAUGUCGUACGGCAAGAAAAAGAUGCGACCGGAAUAUUGGUUCAGCGUUCCAAGAAACAGGGUGGAUGAUUUAUAUCGGUUCCUACACGUAUGGGUGCCCCAUUUAUACGGUGAGCUUAACGAAGCGGAAAUAAGAGAGCGCGGCUAUGAACCAAUUGACGAGGACACGGACUGGGGUGACGAAGAUGCUGCAAAGGACGGACAAUCUGACAAUCAGGACGAUAUCUCGGAAUUAACUAGAGAAUCUUGGGAGUUGUUAAAGGCGCCAUACAUAAAGAUCUACAAUAUACUCAAGAGCCAAAAUUCCAGUGGCGAACUAGGAGACUCUGCAGAGGUUAGCUAUCCUCAAGUAUUGUCGAUGAGUGACGAGUUACGGCGAGCUUUAUAUGCGACGCCGAACGUUUCACUAGACGUGGAUUUGCCAAUACCAGAACUGGUGGGACACACCGAAAUUCUUACGGAAGAGCACAGAGAGAAAUUAUGUGGUCACUUACCAGCUCGGGCCGAAGGCUACAUGUGGUCUCUAGUAUUCAGCACUUCCCAACAUGGAUUUUCACUAAAUUCCAUGUACAGGAAAAUGCAACGACUAGAGAGUCCAGUACUAAUUGUAAUUCAAGAUACCGAUAAUAAUGUUUUUGGAGCUUUGACAUCUUGCUCUCUCAAAGUGUCCGAUCAUUUCUAUGGCACAGGGGAAUCAUUACUUUUUAAAUUCAAUCCUGAUUUCCGAGUCUUUCACUGGAGUGGGGAAAAUUUGUAUUUUAUUAAGGGAAACAAUGAAAGUAUUGCUAUUGGUGCUGGAGAUGGCAAAUUUGGGCUUUGGCUUGAUGGAGAUUUAUACCAAGGGCGUUCACAGCGCUGUAGUACAUAUGCAAAUGAACCACUUGCCCCUCAAGAGGAUUUCGUGGUCAAAACACUUGAGUGCUGGGCAUUCCUGUAAUAAACU